UUUGGAAAUCCGGUUCUCGGAUUUGUUGUUACCUACCCACUCCUUGAAUAGUACUACAUUAUUAAGGAACCUAUCAAUGCCCAAGCACUUCAUGACUUUUACGGGCAUUGCAAAAGUCUUCAAACCACAGCACAAGUCGCAUAAACGUCUCAGAUUUAUCAGUUUCUGCCAUUCAACCUCCUUCCUGUAACCAUGGCUAAUAUCGCCAGAACCAUUCUGUGUUGGAUACUCCCACUGAUGUUUAUUAUGGCAGGAGCCAUGAAGCUUUAUCCAUUUUUUCCUGGAGUAUACAAGGAAAUGGUAAGCAAGUUCAAAAUCUACAACAAAGCCUUUCCCACCGCUUGGGUGGGAUACUCACCAGACCCAGACUUGUACCGAAUAUUUGUCGGAUCCAUGGAAUUAUCAAGUGGCCUGGGAGUUCUACUGGGCCCCACAGGUCUAAGAAAGAUGGGAUGCUGCAUCCUGACUGUGAUCAUGAUAGGGGCAAUCUUUACACAUUUCUUCUUCCUGGAGUUUAUCCCCAGCCUCGUUCCCAUCGUGUACAUGACCUGGACAUUAUAUGUACUUUGGGCCGACAUGCAGAAUGAGGCCAAAUCAAUCAAGACAGACUAGGGACAUUUUGUCUCAAGUUCAUGACAUUGCACCUCGCCUUUCAAAGUGCUAAUGUAUUAUAUUGAUGCCAAAAGAAAAAAUAUGUGUGUUUCCUUUAACAAGUUUGAAAUACCGGUAUAAGGGUAUACAUAGAAACUUAGGUAAAAAAGUUAAUUUUAGAAAUGUAUACGGUUGAUGUAGGAGAGUGACCGUGUCAUUAACAGUGCUUAUUUGAAUGGUUUAAAUAAGUUUAGGGCAAGCACAAAAAAUUGGGUAGGUAAAACAAAUGUUUUUUGUUUGGCCUUAUUCAAGACAAAUGUAUGUCUGCAGUAUUUUUGAUAAUUGAUAAAGUAACUUUGCCUUUUUUAGAUUUAAUUCUGUUUCAUUGCUUGAGUACUUUGUUAAAGCUGUAAUAUUUGUCCAUACCGGUACAUGUAUAUUGAUAUUUCAAAUGUGUAUACUUCUAACCAUGAUCAGAUUCACUACAUUUUAUUAUGGGAGGUGGGUAAAAAUAAAAACAUACAACAUUUGAUAUAGUGCCCUAUCUAGCUUGAAUGGAAGCCACUCGAAAGCUCUUUACAGUACAUAUAUAUACAAUUUACACGAUCAAUACAAUUAGCAUACACAUUAAUCAAUACAAUUUUUGAGGAA